AGAGGGCGCCGAACCCUCAAACAAACUUCAGUUGUAUAUAGUUUUCAGUGGUGUAAUUCCUGUAAUGAAACGUCUAUCUUAUCUAUGGCUAUAUGUCAAUGAUUUAUUAGAUGAUUUUUUAGUUUUUUUUGAGUUUUUUGUUAUUUUCCACGAUUGGAUAUGUGAUUGCAGGUUUUGAAGUAUACAUAUUAAUUAUACUUUUUGUAUUGUAUACGUAUAUCGCGAUAACACGUUUGUUUAUGCAAUGUAACACAAUGUGUAUUUUUGAAAUAAAAUGAUUGAAAAUAAUAGUUCUUUUUAAUAUUAAUAAUCCACAUUAUUAUUAUUUUGAUUGUGAAACUAUUUUGCUACUUCAACUCUUUUCUCCUCAUUUGCCAAAACCUGGUGAAACCAUAAUUGGCACUAAAUAUGAAAUAAAGUAUGGCGGCAAAGGUGCAAACCAAUGUAUGGUUGCUGGCAAGCUCGGUGCCUCUACAGCGAUGGUUGCUUCAUUGGGUUCUGAUACUUAUGCACAAGAAUAUUUAAAAAUAUUUAAGAAGGAAAACAUAGACACUUCUCACGUUCACAUACAAAAGGAUCAACACAGUGGAAUAGCACAUAUUACUGUUGCUGAUAAUGGCGAAAAUAGCAUAGUAGUGGUAUUAGGAUCGAACGCGUCGUUGAGCUCUAAACACGUGGACAUCGCAGCAGAGACUAUCAAAGGUGCUGCCGUUUUACUAUGCCAAUUCGAGACGAAUCUAGAGACUACCCGAUACGCUUUAAAGCUCCGUAAAGGUCACGGUCUGUCGAUCUUGAAUGGGGCGCCUGCCGUGAAGAACGUUGACAUCGAGCUAUUGUCGUUGUGCGAUAUAUUUUGCGUUAACGAGAGCGAGGCCGAAGUCAUGACCGGGGUGCGACUACUGGGACUGUCAAACGCGCAAGAGGCCGUCGAGAAGCUUUUGGAUAAGGGUUGCAAUACGGUGAUCCUCACCAUGGGAGAAUUGGGGGCAGUGUACGCGUCUCGCGAAAACAGAGCUAUCACGCUAAUUCCUGCUAGGCGUGUUCAGGCCGUGGAUACGACAGGAGCCGGAGACGCAUUUCUAGGCGCUCUUGCGUACUUUAAAGCGUAUCACUCAGAACUUUCGAUGGACGAGUGCAUCCGAAGAUCUUGCGCGAUUGCCACGGAAUCAGUCAUGAAAUUCGGUACACACGCGAGCUUUCCGACCAGGAGCAGCCUGCCGCCAGAACUGUUUGCAUGAGUUAACAAAAUGUAUAUUCUCGUCUCACUGUUGUUGUUUGUGUACAUUUUUUUUAUGAUAUUUAAUAUCGUUACUAAAAAUAAACGUAACUCAACACUUGUGUAUAGCAAAUGGUCCUAAAAAGUUUCAAGGAUCGACAGGAUUUUGUCUAGAUUCGGUUAACGAUUGACUCAUGUAUGAUUCAAAUAAAACAACAAGUUACGAAUCUCGAUUGCCUGAUACAUC